AUGGACCCCCUAAGCAUCGCGGCGUUUACCAUGACGCUCAUCGGCGUGGCUGGCAAGGUCGUCGAAGGUACUGCCAAGUUCGUGGAAGAAACCAAAAUGAUUGAUACGAGUAUUCGCGACUUCCAUGAGACGAUUCGGAAUCUUUAUACUGCGUUGCGUAACGUAGCUAGGAUUCUCGAUCAGCAUCCGACUCAGUUUCCGUUUGAAAGAGAGCAUCAUCAAGAUAUCUUCCGCAUUCUCAAGUCAUGCAGCGGAGCACUUGAGAGAUUGCGAUCCGCGCUACCGGAGCUGGCUCAAAACCCGGGGCCGAUUGCGAAAGCUCGCGCGAGUUUCUCUGCUACACUGAAAACGAGCGUCAUACGAGACCUCGUCUCUCACAUUACCUCGUACACCCAGGUCCUUCAAUUAAGUCUCAUCACUCUCUCAUUGGGUUCUGUCUGGAACCAACAAAAAUCCCAGGACCAGAUUCACGUAGAGAUUAGAAAGUUGACUGACGCCAUUCGGUCCGCCAAUCUCGCUUCGCGUGCUCCUGCAGUGCCGCGAAGGCCAUCAACAGAAUGGGAUGAUGACGACGAAACCAGAGUGGAAGAAAACUUGUCAGUAACGAAGGAAAUCCACGCAUGGAGGAUGUCAGCAGAUGAGGUCGCAGCCGCAGUCACGCUUCAUGAUGCUGAGAGAGAUCCAUCCAUACUGUCAUUCGGCUCAUCGUUUACCCAAUUGCCCAGUGGAAAGGAACACAGCUGGAAAGAGACAAUGAACGACGUCGAUUCGGAUGGUUGGGACCCAGAGCCUGAACGCAAGGAUGGACCGAGCAAAGAGAUUCUGAAGCAUCAAUUUGAGGCCAACCAGGAUAUUGUCAACCAACUGGUAAAGUGUGGCAUAUUUCUACGAGCAUCAUUGUACCAGAAACGGGGCAUCGAACUCCGAGAACAGCUAAGCCAAUCGGGCCUUGAAGACAUAUUCACCUUCUCAGAACAAGUUAUUAUGAGAGAGAGACUUGCCGAGAUUCUUCUCUACUGUGAGACUGAGGACGAAACUGUUGAGGCGAAGACGAUCCUCCAGAAACUACUACAAGAGGAAGUGAAGCAGCCAGAAGAGGAAAGGGAUGACAAGCGCCGCAGUCGACUUUAUCACGACCUUGGAAACAUUUACAUCAAGCUGGGGAAUCUGAAACAGGCAAAGAUCUUCCUGAGUCGAGCUCUCGAAGGCAGGAAGAAUGAAGUCCCCAUGCCAGUAGACUUGGUUAUGGAAACCGCCAACCAGUAUAUCAAAGCCUUGCAACUCGCCGAAGCCUUUGACGAAGCUCGCGGUGUGAAGAAUUGGGUCGAAACAGACGUCAUGCCGCUGACCAAUAGAUUUGUUUCACCACCUCUGUCGGAUCCAAUAUCGAGCCCUCGAAGACAGUCCGCGAUGGGAGAACUCUCCCUAGUUUAUGCAUGGUGCAGCAAGAGCGGAUUUGACAUUGACUCGCCGAGCGGGUUCCACUUUGAUGUUUGCGACUUCAUGACGAGCACAUCACCCCUCCACAAGGCUAUUCAAGACGAGAACGUGGAAAUUAUGGCCCUGAUGAUGGGCCAUAUUACAAGCCUCGAGAACGGCGGCAACGUUGGUCUGCCAACGCCAUUGCUACUCGCUGCUUCUACAAGAAACCGUGAAAGCGUUGGCUUGUUGCUGAGGAAUAAUGCGCGAACAGAUGUGAGGGAUAGUGCAGGAAUGAGCCCCCUGCACCGGUGCCAGAGCGAGUCUGGCGGUGUGAAUGUUGCCCAGCUUCUUCUCGACCACACUCCUAGUCUUCUCAACCUGGUUGACAACUCGGGCAAGACAGCGCUAUAUAUGGCGUGCGAAAUGGGAAACAAGGGGAUGGUUCGAUUUUUGCUGAUUCAAGGGGCAGACCCUAAUAUCUGCCAUCAGGCACGGAGGGGUUCGGCAUCAUCUGCGCUGGACGCCGCCAACAUAUGCACUCCACUGAUAGCUGCCAUCCAAGUGGUGGCAACAAGGAGUUCUCGUAAGAUUGCCAUGAUUGAUAUGCUUCUCUCUCACGGAGCAAACCCGCACCUCACAGAUGCUAGCGGGAGAAAUGCCUUUCAGGCGGCGAACAAUUCUGGGUUGGCUGGAUCGGAAAUCAAGCGGCUCCUUCAACAACACGCCCAGAUACCAACUCGUAAAUCGAGUGACGCAUCUUCAUCAACUGUCUUUACGCGGUCUUCAACGUCGAGCGAGCGUGUAGCCCAAGGCCAAUCUGGGCAGCACCGGCGUGGACUGAUGAGGUUUCUGAGCAAAACCGACUCGCAUCAUUCAGGUGUUGAAUCAGUCCCAGAAAGGGAUUAG